UAGCAGCGGAGCUUGAGUGGGGCGUGGCCUGCGCUCCGCCCCGGUCCCUCCUGCUCUGCUCCAGGCUUGACUCGGCUCAGUAAAGUUCACGUUGCUCCGGAGUAACCAUCUGCAACUCUCCGUUCAUGGCGUCCCUUCUCGCGCUCGCGGUGGCCGCGCUGGCCGCGUUCGUCACCGUGCGCCCCGUGGUGGUGCGCGCCGCCGCCUGUGAGCCCGUGCGCAUUCCGCUGUGCCGCGCUAUGCCCUGGAACAUGACCAAGAUGCCCAACCACCUGCACCAUAGCACGCAGGACAACGCUGUCUUGGCCAUCGAGCAAUUCGAGGGGCUGCUGGGCACCGGGUGUAGUCCAGACCUGCUGUUCUUCCUGUGUGCAAUGUAUGCUCCCAUCUGCACCAUUGACUUCCAGCACGAGCCCAUAAAGCCAUGUAAAGCAGUGUGCGAGCGUGCCAAGGCCGGCUGCGAACCUGUGAUGAGGCGCUACAAUCACAGCUGGCCCGAUAGCCUCAGCUGCGCCGAGCUGCCCCUGUACGAGCGCGGAGUCUGCAUCUCACCUGAGGCCAUUGUCAAGGCUGACAACUCAGACUCGUACUAUCAGGACCCGGCCCGCUGCAAUCCAGAAACCAGUCCGGACUUCCCUCUGGACUCUAAGAACCUGCGCUGCAGAGGCCCAAGCUUAGAACGUUGCAAGUGCAAAAAUGUGCGAAUGGGACAGAAAACCUACCUGAAGAACAAUUACAACUACGUGAUUCGUGCCCGAGUGCGGGAGGUGAGGAACCGUGGCCUGGAGCCCACAGCUGUGGUGGAGGUGCGCGAGGUGCUCAAGUCCUCACUGGUCAACAUCCCCCGAGAGACUCACACCCUGUAUUACUCCUCCUCCUGCCUGUGCCCCCCGCUCACACCUGGGGAAGAGUACCUCAUCAUGGGGUACGAGAGCGAGGAGAGGUCCAGGCUGCUGCUCAUCGACGGCUCUAUUGCUCAGAAAUGGAAGGACAAAAUGUCCAAAAAGAUCAAGAGAUGGAACCAGAUUCUUCAGGAGGGAGGAGCAGCUCGGCCAGGCCAUGCGCACUGACCCUGGAUCCCGCCCCUUGACACACCCACAUUGCACUAUGAGGCUGUAGCUGAAUGUAGUUUUGACCACAGACUGAAGACGGAGGAUGUAGAUGGGUAGCUCCAAGUCCAGUCCUUAAAAGGAACAUAUAUUCAAGACCCCUGUAAUGGGCAUAUAGCAAUGUGCUUAUGCUAAUGCUAAUGCUUAAACUAUUGCCUGCACUGUGGGGCUCUAUGGAGGUAUUGUCCCCUUGCUCCAGUCUGAGGUCCGCCUUCUCUUGUCUUUGCACAUUAUAUGCAGGUGCCUUUCCACACACUUUAUGAAUGUGGCUUUGUGUUUUGCUCCCAACACUCAACUGUGAGCACAUGUCCUAUUAUCAGUCUAACAUUUUAUUUUCCCUUUUUUGUGAGUGAAAUCUGCCAGGACACUGGGCACAGGAUUGUUUUGUCACCAUCAGACUUGUUCUUUGGAAUAGGUGUUAUUGUGACAUAAUAUUAUAUACUGUUAUGAACAGCAGGUCAGAUUUCCACUGUAGACUUUGUCAAAAAGCAAAAGUUUUGACCUGGUUAAUCAUGACAAAAACAUGGCCCAAAGUUGAACUUAACAUCAAAUAGUAGAAUAUGGUGAAGCAACCCUAGUGCUGUUGGUUGUGACUGAUCCUUCUCUCAGAUGGGAUGUGUCCCAGGCCUGCAGAGACACGCUAGUGCUAGCGAGGUUUGUACAUUUGUGCAUGUGCAUUUGUGCAUAAGCAGAGCAAACUUCAGUCCUGUUUGAGGCAGGUCUAAACAAACAAGUUUAAAUCUGAACUCAAAGCUGUGAUGGGUUGGAGUAGUCCAGGAAUCUCUAACCUUUUUCAGAGCUACUAAUUUUUGCAGUCACAAGACAUUUAAUAUAUGUAAGAGCCAAAGCAAACCUUAGGUACACUUAUAAAACUUAAACCAUUAUCCAUUUAUUAGUGCUUAAAGUUAGGCAUCAAAAUGAUACAUUUACAGUGGUAAUAGGCAUUUAAUUAACCACAUUUUUGUUAUUCAGCACAAUACGUACAAUUCAGAAAUCCUUGGGUAAGCUACUUGGAAGAGGCUGGACAGCUACUGAUAGUUCCAAAGCUACAGGUUGGAGACCCUUGGAGCAGGCUGAUAUAGGACAGCUUUACAUACAUUUGUUCCACUCAUAGUUUUACUUGUAUGCAUGUUCUUUAGGGCUAUUGCCUAGCACCUGAUGCCUAGCACACCUAUCCUGAGUGGGACUCCCUAAAUGCAUUUCCUUCCAGGAAUGGAGCUUUGCAUUCUAUUUUGUUCAAAUGUUUUAAGCAAAUGUUUAUUUUGAUGUAUUAUUUCACAUCAGAUUAAGGUCAGGAUUAGGGUUAGGUUCAGGAACAGUUAAUUUGGUUAAAUUUAGGGCUUUGGGACAUGGAACUCUAGUCCCACCCUGUAACGAAAUGCUGAAACAUUUAGGGAGUCUCCGCACCUGGAGAGGGGUCAGGAGCACCAACCACCUUCUCUCUUCACAUCAUAUUUUUAAUCAAGAGCGCUUUUCAGUCACUCUAAAUUUGCAUGGAUGUGCACUGUCCGUUAAUUCUGUGAGAAUGAGAGGUUUUAGUUAUCCAUAGUGUCCAAAGAAAACCCACCUGCCACAGUAAACGUACGCGAUUGGCCAAAGUCUUAAUGAGGACAUGGAUUGUCUAAUCAGAGUACUCCGUCGGCCAGCAGCAAAAUGAGACUGUGGAUCAGCUUUAGGAUUCAGGGAUCCAAACCUGCUUUGGACCAUGUUACCAUGGUUAUCGUGUUCAAGAUUAAAAAAUAAAAAAUCUGACUUUGGACUAAGCCUGGCUGCAUCUGUAAAAUGGUAUAUCCAUGUGGUUGUUUUUGUUCCCUUGUGUUUGAAUGAAGUUUUAAUCUGUCUCCAGUUCUUUUAUUAAAAUAUUUAUUAGCAGGAACCUCAAAUUUUACACCAACAGAAUGACUAAUUUUUGAUCCAGCCU